CCCUUUCUCCUCUUAGCGUGGAAUACACAGGAGCAAGAAUCUUUCCUAGUUAGGUGAAAGUUUUCCUUGCGUUUUUUGAAUCUCUUCUUCAUUGACUAGUUUCCAAGUGGAAUUAUCAGUCGAUAGACCAAGACAUUAUGGGUAAAUCAAAGAAGGAUGAUCGUAUGACCUUUGGCCAGAAUUUCGUUUCUGGUGGCUUAGCUGGUGUUACAUCUCGUACGAUUACAUCGCCAUUGGACGUAGUUAAAAUUUUGGCUCAAGUCGGUACUAAGGAAACCAAAGCAGGUUUCUUGAAAACCUUCUCCAAUGUCUACACCAACGAAGGUGUCCGUGCUUUCUGGAAGGGAAAUGGUAUCGCAUGUAUCCGUCUUUUCCCUUACAGUGCUGUCCAAUUUGCUGCUUUUAACAAAUUGAAGGUAAUGAUGGCCGAUAAAGAGACUGGCAGACUGUCCGCUUUGAACGCUAUGGCAGCUGGUUCAAUGGGUGGUAUUUCUGCUACUGUCAUGACUUAUCCAACCGAUAUGGUCAAGACCCGUUUAACUGCCCAGCACGCUAGCAAAGACAAGGCCCAUUACAAGGGUAUUUUCGAUGCUUUCCGUGUCAUUUUCAGAGAUGAAGGCUUUCUCGCUUUCUAUAAAGGAAUGUCUACCUCAAUCAUUGGUGUAAUUCCUUUCGCUGGAGGUACUUUUAUGGCAUACGAAGUUUUAGAUAAAGCAUGGAACAAGCCGAAGUCUGAAAUGACUCCUAUGGAGAACUUUAUCAAUGGAUGUUUGGCAGCUGCUUUCGCACAGACAUUCUCUUUCCCAUUUGAUACCAUUCGUAAGAAGCUUCAGGCUCAAAGUAAAGCUCUUGCUGGUGGCGGCGGCGUAGAUGUCGAAUUUACUGGCAUGUCUGACGCUUUUAUCCAAACUGUCAGAAAGAACGGUCUUUUAGGAUUAUGGAGUGGUACUACUGCUAACUUGGCUAAGGUCGCUCCGUAUGCCGGUUUAAUGUUCAUGUCUUUUGAGGCUAGUAAGCGUAUCUGCCUGUACUUAAACGGUUAUACUACAUCUCCUUGGAAAGACACCCCAGUUCCUGGUGUUGAUCAGGGCAUGAAGCCCCAUGAAUUGAAAGAGUUUUUAGCAAAGCAAAAUAAGUAAUUUGUUACUAAUUGCGAAAAGUGUAUGCUUUUAAGAUAUUGUCAAUGUUCUUUAUCUUGGCAUUCGUGUUACCAUAUUUGUAUUAAAGCUAAGAUGGUUUAAU